AUGGACUGCACAGUCCGGCUGUGGCACCUCACGCAGCCGGACUGCCUCAAGUCCUUCAGGCACUCGGACUUUGUGACGUGCGUGCAGGCGCACCCGACUGACGCGCACCGCUUUGUCAGCGGCUCCAUUGAUGGCAAGCUGAGGGUGUGGGAUGUCCUGGAGGGCUCCGUCCUCGCUUCGGGCCAGCUGCACCAGGACAUGGUGACCGCGGUGUCGUUCUCGCCGGGGGGCAGCAGGGUGGUGGCGGGCACGAUGCGGGGGAAGCUGCGCUACUACGAGCUGGGGCAGGGCGGACGCAAGCUCGAGUACGCGGCGCAGGUGGACGUGCGCAACGCGCGGGGCCACCACGCGGGCGGCCGCAAGGUGACGUCCAUACUGGCGGUCCCCGACGAGCCUGGCUCGUGGCUGGUGACCUCUAACGACAGCCGCCUGCGCCUGGUGCAGGGCUACGGCGUGGCAGUCAAGUUCAAGGGACACCGCAACGCGGCAACGCAGCUGCGGGGCGCGCUGGCGCCGGGCUGCAGCGUCGCGCACGACGCAAACGCCCCCGUGACGGGUGUGGUGUUCCUGCCCGCCAGCGCCGCGGGCGACGGCGCGGGCACGCUGGACGCGCUCUCCCUGGCGGAGCAGCAGCAGCACCAGCAACAGCAGCAGCAGCAGCAGCAGGAGGAGCAGGAGAUUCGGGAGGUGCGGCACGUGGUGGCGUCGUGCUCGUUUAGCGGGCAGCUGCGCGUGCACGUGCUUUUCGGGCGGCGGGCGCUAUAG